UAUUUAGACAAGUGCCGUGACUAUUUUAUAUUAUUAUAACACAGAUACAUUUUUCGAUAGCGGGGAAUAUUCGUAUAAAUAGUCAAAUUAAUCAUUCUUUCAGAUCAUAGUUAAUUAAGUUCUUGUCUGAACUACAUAAAAUAAUACGUACAUUGUCUCUCAUAAUAAAUAAAAAUGCAUGUUAAAGUUUUUAUAUUAACUCUUUCUGCUUGUGUAUUUGCUGAGCCUCAUUCCGUAGCACCAAAUGCACCAAAUGCACCUCACAGUUACACUGGAGAUUUCCUACGAAAAAUCGGUGAUUUCAAACAUCAAGAAGCUGACGUUGCUGACAAUAUUUUUAACUCAUUGAAAUUUCACGGUAAUCGGAAUGCUCAUACAGCUCCGGGUGAUUUAUUACGAGGUGUUGGUGAUUUUAAGUAUCGGGCGGCAGAUGCUGCUGAUGAUGUAGUAGGAUCAAUCAAAGAUAAGGUAGGGCAAGGAACAUCGUUAAUUUCCGGUGUAUUUCAAGGACUUUUAAAUAAGAAACAUUCAGGAAGUGAACAUCAUCCGACCCCAUCGACAUCACCUGCUCCUACUCUGCCACCACAAACAGGGUCUACAGACUUUUCUGCAUCAUUUACUCCACCACAGCCAGGUUUUACAUACCCAUCAGGGCCACCUGCAGGAUCUAUAGACUUCUCUGGAUCAUAUAAACCAUCUUUCCCACCACAAAAAGGAUCACAGCCAGGUCUUUCAUACCCAUCAGGGCCACCUGCAGGAUCUAUAGACUUCUCUGGAUCAUAUAAACCAUCUUUCCCACCACAAAAAGGAUCACAGCCAGGUCUUUCAUACCCAUCAGGGCCACCUGCAGGAUCUAUAGACUUGUCUGCAUCAUAUAAUCCGUCUUCCCCACCACAAAUAGGAUCACAGCCAGGUUUUUCAUACCCAACAAAGUCACCUACAGGAUCUGUAGACUUUUCUGGAUCAGCAGGAUAUUACCCCGAUUACGAUGUGUAUCCAUAUCCAGACGUCAGAAAAGCAGAAGGCCGUUUCGUAUUCAUAUAUGAUGGAGGACAAAGGGAUCUAACGGUCGAUGAAAUUAUUCAAGCUGGAAGAUAUCUUGAAGCAGCAAAAAAGGCAGCUCUCAAUGAUAAAAAAAAGACAUCAUAGAUUUAUAAAGAAUAUUUAUACAAAAAUUUUAUAUGAAUAGUAUUAGUUAUUAGUCUUAUGUAUAAAGAUUGCAAUAUAAAUUUAAGAACAAUAUUGUCUACAAUUAUUUUUUAUCUCUUAAGUUUGUUACUUGUCAUGUAUAGAAAAA